AUGUCUACGUUCAAGUCAUCUCGCCCUGCGGUCCUCGAGCUAGGUGCUAGAUAUAAAGACCUAGACAAAGAGAUCAAAGCGACUCACUCCAGUGAGCAAUCAGAGAAAGCAGAUGAGCUACUCUUCACCGAGAUGUGCGAAAUCUGCCUAUGGGGAAAUGCAACUGAUUUGUCCCUUCUCACAUCACUGACAUACGAAGAUAUCCAGAAGCUUCAGGGCUCCAAAGCCCGCAAAGCAGCAGAAGAGAAUAUUAUCGUUAAUGACCUGCUGUCAGCAUUCAAAGUGUUGAAUGAUGCUCGCAAGAGCAAAAAGAGCCAAGAACGCCGCGUAGACAUUGUGCUUGACAACGCUGGCUUCGAACUCUUCGUCGAUUUGAUUCUCGCUGGAUACCUCCUACUUUCCGACCUCGCCACAACAGUCGUCCUUCAUCCCAAGUCGAUCCCUUGGUUUGUCUCUGAUGUGCUGCCCAAGGACUUUGGCGAUCUUGUGUCCGCCCUCGCCGACCCACAGGCUUUCUUCACGGCUCCAGAUGAGAAGCACGAUCCGAAAAGCAACGGCCAACUCCCGCAACCCCUUUCGGAUAAGGAAGUCGCCGAGCUAAAGUUCCUCUUUGACCAAUGGAGCCAAUUCCACGCUGACGGGAAAUUGAUCAUUCGACCAAAUCGGUUCUGGACGACAGGGGGAAGCUACUGGCGAAUUCCGCAUGAAGAACCGGAGCUGUUCGACGAUUUGAAGGAGAGUGAAUUGGUUAUAUUCAAGGGAGACUUGAAUUAUAGGAAAUUGAUCGGUGAUGUAGGUGCCAUUUCUCUAUUACUUGUAGUUACUUGUGUCUCCCUCCGACCGAAACUUGACUAA